AUGUCUGAGCCUCAUGACUCGACGACAACGUCGCCAAAUAUUCCUGGCCCACGGCUACAAGUCCGCAUUAACCAAAUUGAUUACGCCCUCGUUCCGCCCGGUGCCCUCGAUAAUUCCUCACUCCCUCACGUACCAGUUAUCAGAAUAUACGGGCCCUCAUCCAUUGGAAAGACAUCAUGCGUUCAUGUUCACCAAGUGUAUCCAUAUGUCUUCGUCGAAUACUUUGGCAAAUUGAGCCCACAAGAUGUCAAACAUUACGUGUCUAAGCUGCUCCGCUCAUUAAAUCACGCUGUUGCAUUCUCCUUGAAACGAAACCCUGAUUCUCCCAAGUCCCAGUUCAUUCGAGGGAUCAUUUUGGUCAAGGGCAUUCCUUUCUACGGCUUCCAUGCAUCCUACCAACCUUUCCUCAAAAUAUUCACGGCUGAUCCGGCGCAUAUUCGCCGCGUAACGGCUAUUUUGCAAUCAGGCACAGUGAUGAGCACAAGAUUCAGAGUGCACGAAAGUCACCUAAGCUAUGUCCUCCAAUUCUUGUGCGAUUUCGGCCUAUACGGGUGCGGGACCAUCGACCUAGAGGACGCGUUGGAAAGAUGUGCCGAUGACCCAGAGGAAAAUGCAGAGCCUGUCUCGUCCGACGAAGCCGCUACAGUCAAGUUUCCGCCGUCGUCUUACUUCCGGGAGUCGCGCGUCGCACUCGAAGUCGAUGUCAUUGCCCCACAUAUUCUUAACCGACAUCGUCUGAUGGCGAGAACGGUUCCUCAGAAAGCUGAAAUGUCUGCACCUCCAUUGCACUCAGAACCCCUGGUACUUGGCGUCCGCGAACUCUGGGAGGACGAGCGCAGACAUCGACAGGAACAUGGCCUCAAUCCUUCUCCUGAAAUGCCUAUUGACCCAAGUGAAUCCUCUCGUUCCAAGGGUGUAGAAUGGGUGUCGGAAGCCAGGUGGUGGGACGAAAUUGCCAAACGCAUACAACGGGAACGAGAAGAAUACGAACCCAGGCCUUACGAGGACCAUAGUUGGGAAAGAUUCGUGAUGACCACAUUUGAAAGUGUCGAAGCGUUGUGGGAAUCACAAUACAAGGCUUGGAAGCCAGCAGAAAGACCGACCAACAAGGAUGCCAGCAAACCCAAUCAGGAUCUCCCUCUGCUGGAGGCUCAUUGGCAGGAAGAGAACGAACAAGAUGCAGAAACGAAAGAGGAUCCUGUUGACGUCGAUAUGACAAUGCUUUCAGACCAAGAAAUCAUUCAGCUUGAUCAAGAAGACCAGCAACAAGACUGGAAUGAGGAGGGUCCUACUGAGGCUGACGUCGACGAAGCGGAGACAUAUCCCGAAGCGGAUGAAGAAGACCAAGAUAUCGACUUGCAGGACAAUGACCUCCAAGAAGGCGAGAAGACGGAAGACAUUGAAACUCUCAGUCCUGUUGAUCCCUUUUCUGGUGGUCCAGUAGACGAAACCCGGGCGCGGGAGUCCUAUCAUUUAAAUAGCCCACCGACGCCCACCCGAGGCAUAUGCGUGGACAAGGAAGGUUCCCCAACUCCAACAAAGUCGCAGACUACUAUCUCUAUCCAUCUGAACGAUUUCACUCACGGCCCUUUAUACAGGCACUCAAACGGCAAUGAAAUCCACGUUCUGACGGCAAUUAACAACCAAGGAAACGAUGUGACUGAAAUGCCCACUGACAUUGCGGACAUUGCUGGCUGUAUCGCUUCUGACACCGGAGUCUCGAAUCUGACUAUAGACCAAGUCGAAGACCAGCCUGUGGCUCCAGGGACUCAUGGUCCUGAUCUGGACGCGCCAAAAUGCGAUGCCCACCCCCCUAUCCUGACUGCGAAGGAACGCUUUUCGUUGAUCACCGCGCGUGCGGUUCAUCUUUCUAAAGCAUUUGACAGCUGUAAAACUGUGAAUACAAAUCGAUAUACUUACUCGUUACCACCCCCGUCCAGAGCUGAGCUGAAUGACAGCCUUCAAGCCCUUGGAUUACCGAGCAAGAUCUAUCAACCUCCACAUUAUUCUGAAGACUGCGAUAUUCCAGAGAUGGCCAAGGAGUAUGCCGGCCUCAGCUACAGACUCAAGGGAGGACAAGGCAUUGCCACUCUUGACGAAUGGUCCAGCAACGAGACAAGUAAAAUCGCCCCUCUUGAUCUGUCAGAGAAUAGCCAUUUAGAUCCCUUGGGAGUUGGCGGUUGGGAGUACGCAAGUCACCCACCCAGUGUCAAGGCAGUUCGACGGACCAUGAACACCCUUGGCAUCUGGACAACCAAGAACAGCCGAAUGAAGUCUCAGAUUGAAGGACCAACCCAGGCCAAUAUCUAUGGCUUCAAGACAUCGCCCACGGGAGGGCCAGACAAAUUUCGCGACAGAUUGAACAUGAGCAUAAUGUCUCUGGAAAUAUUCGUGCCGACCCAGGACGCGAAGGUCCCCAACCCUGAGGACGAUCAAGUUGCAGUUGUGGUCUACGCCCUCCAUCUGUCUGGGAUGGAUGUCUCCCACAGAGGAGUCCUAAUUCUGAAUAUCCCUUCAUUCAGUCAGAAAACACUACCGGGGAUGGAGUUUCAAAUUUUUGACACUGAGCUUGACCUUCUCAAUGGACUGGUCGAUCUCGUGGUCGAUCUCGAUCCGGAUAUCCUGGCUGGAUGGGAUUUACAACUUAGUUCAUGGGGAUACCUCGAAAGUCGAGGGCAGACAUACGGUAUUUCAAUAUCUGACCUUGUCUCGCGAGCACCUCCAAGACAGAGCGGCGGCUCGACGGACUCGUGGAGUCUACGAAAGUCGUCAACCUUUAAAGUCGCUGGGCGUCAAGUUCUCAACCUGUGGAGAAUCAUGCGAUCAGAGAAGAACUUGACGUCCUACACUUUCGAGAACGUUGUUUUCAAUAUCCUCCACCGACGCGUCCCGCGGUACAGCUUCCAGACCUUAACUCACUGGCACAGCAGCUCCUCGACAGCACAUGCGUGGCUAUUAGUUAGAUAUCUCGAUAUGAGGACGAAAACAAACUUGGAAAUACUUGAAGAAGCUGAGAUAGUCACGAAGACAGCUGAAUUCGCGCGGGUAUUUGGUGUGGACUUCUUCUCUGUUCUGACCCGAGGCUCUCAAUUCAAGGUUGAGUCCUUCAUGUUUCGAAUCGCGAAACCGGAAAGCUUUGUUUUGAUCUCCCCAAGUAAGAACGACGUUGGGAAGCAGAAUGCGGCCGAAUGCAUGCCACUCAUCAUGGAACCCGCGUCCGCGUUCUAUACAAGUCCUCUCCUGGUACUUGACUUCCAGUCACUGUAUCCGUCGAUCAUGAUCGCCUACAACUAUUGCUAUUCGACAUGCCUUGGACGUGUCGUUGGUUUCAAAGGAAAGAAUAAAUUCGGCGUUAUUGAUGAUUUAGAGAUCCCUCCUCAUUUAUUGGAGCAGCUUCGCGAUCGUGUAACAGUCGCUCCAAAUGGCAUUUUGUACGUCAAGUCCACGGUACGCAAGGGCCUUCUCGGAAGGAUGCUGUCAGAGUUGUUGGACACAAGAGUCAUGGUAAAGCAGGCCAUGAGACGUGUAGGAGGUGACAAGGCUCGUCGGAGAGUUCUGGAUGCACGACAGCUCAGCCUGAAGUACAUUGCGAACGUUACCUACGGUUACACGUCGGCGUCAUUUUCAGGUCGGAUGCCCGCUGUAGAGAUCGCGGACAGCAUUGUACAAAGCGGAAGGGAGACGCUUGAAAAGGCCAUUGAGACCAUUGACGGGACCAAGAAAUGGGGGGCCCGGGUCAUGUAUGGCGACACUGACAGCGUGUUUGUAUAUCUACCUGGCAGAACCAAGGAGCAAGCAUUUUCAAUCGGGAAUGAAAUCGCUGAGACAAUUACCGCCAUGAACCCAGCUCCAGUCAAACUGAAAUUCGAAAAAGUGUAUCUGCCAUGUGUCCUCAUGGCUAAAAAGCGAUACGUUGGGUUUAAGUUCGAAAGCGUUGAUGACACAGAGCCUGCAUUCGACGCGAAAGGGAUUGAGACCGUCCGACGCGACGGUGUCCUGGCCCAACGAAAAAUGGUUGAAAAUUGUUUAAAGAUCCUGUUUCGAACACAAGAUCUCAGUGAAGUCAAAGAAUAUUGCUGUAGAUCGUGGAUGAAACUGCUGGAAAACAAAGCCUCUGUCCAAGACUUUAUCUUCGCUAAGGAAGUCAGAAUGGGGACGUAUAGUGACAAGGGCCCUCCUCCUCCAGGCGUGAUGGUGGCUGCUCGUCGGGCGGCUCUCGACCCACACGAUGAACCACAGUAUGGCGAUCGAAUUCCCUAUGUCAUAGCACAGAGCACUACCGGCGUACGACUUGUUGAUCGAGCCAUGGAUCCUCUAGAAUUCAUGAACAACAGUCAAAUCCAAUUAGAUGCCAUGUACUAUAUUACCCGGGUCUUGAUUCCACCGUUGGAACGAAUUUUCAACCUCAUGGGGGCCGAUGUAAAACAGUGGUUUAACGAGAUACCGAGAUUCUCAGUGCCAGAACUGGUUUCGCCACGGAAAGCAAAAGCCAUCAAGCCGACCACCGAAUAUCCCCAAAGUCCCGAUAGGAUGUACAUCGGAGAACAUUUCCUAAUCACUCAAUGCCUUUCCUGUGGAGAUCUAGCACCACAAAGCCUCUGCAACGAUUGCAUCUUGGCUCCACGAGAAACCAUGGCGAAUUUGCACUAUCGAAUACGACGGCAAGAACAACGCCUGGCAAACAGCAAUCGAAUCUGCUUGGAAUAUUGCCCUUGGUUCUAUGCGAGGCGUAAAGCUGAGGCAAGAACGGAGCUGUCCCCUCUCUUUGAAGAGCUGUUAGAAGGGCUAGAGGAGUUGGAAAUGGAUGGAGAAAGCGAAGGGAAUCAGUCCGAAGGGGAAGCAUGGAUGGAUUAUCCUGCAUACGGCGACGAUUCGCCAUAUGCCUCUGACAACCUCGUAGAUAGCGAUCUCGAAAUGGAAUAG